GGGACCGGCUGUGCGCAGGCGCUCUCCAGUUGACGCGGGGCGGCAGGAUGAGAGGUGGCGGUGGGUUGGUGAGUGAGCAGCUGGUGUUCACAGCGAGUGCCGGGGAUGCAGACCCUCACUCCAGGCCCGUGUUGUUCGUGGGCCUGCUGUCAAACCUGCAAAAACUCACCUGGGGACAGUUAAAGGGCAAGUUGGAGCCCCGAGUGAGUCCGGAGGUUUGGCAGGCUGCAUUGAGCACUUUGAAUCCCAAUCCAAUAGACACCUGUUCUCUUUGGCUCGAUUAUGCUGUUGUGGCAGCCCUCCCAUCCAAAGUCAGCCGUCACAAUAGUCCAUCGUCGGCUCACUUUCUCACACGACUGAUUCGCAAUUGUUCAUCUGGAAGAACUAACCAGUGCAUUGUGCUCGUUUGUGAAUACAUGGAGGUUUUCGCAUCAGCUUGUGCAGUAACAAGGGCAUUUCCCCUGUUCACUCGGCGCACUGGCUUGCUAGAAUCAGGAGAGAAAUUCACUGUUACGGUCGAAUUUAUUCUGGUUGGAGAGAAUACUAAGCCACUUACUGAAUCUGUGCUUACGUGUCUGUUAAAUGCUGCUGAAGGCAUUCGACUAGCCGCUCGCAUUGUCGAUACACCAUGUAAUGAAAUGAAUACAGAUGACUUCCUUGCGGAAAUUGAAGUUGUGGGAUCUGAGCUGGGCAUUAUUCCCACUGUUAUCCGCGGAGAGGAACUUAAUCGUAAGGGAUUUGGAGGUAUCUAUGGAGUUGGAAAGGCUGCUGUGAACCCACCUAUUCUUGCAAUACUUAGUCACACUCCAGAGGAUGCUACACAAACUAUAGCCUGGGUUGGCAAGGGUAUUGUUUAUGACACUGGUGGUCUCAGCAUCAAAUCAAAGACCUAUAUGCCAGGAAUGAAGAGGGAUUGUGGGGGUGCUGCUGCUGUCCUGGGAGCCUUCAGAGCAGCUGUGAAACAGGGUUUUAGAGAGAACUUGCAUGCAUUGUUCUGUUUGGCAGAGAAUGCAGUUGGACCCAAUGCUACAAGACCAGAUGACAUUCACCAACUAUACUCUGGAAAGACUGUUGAAAUUAAUAACACCGAUGCAGAGGGCCGUCUGGUUUUGGCUGAUGGCGUGUCAUAUGCUUGUAAGGAUCUUAAAGCAGAUAUCAUCUUGGAUAUUGCUACUUUAACUGGUGCUCAGGGUAUUGCUACUGGAAAGUAUCAUGCUGGAUUACUUACCAAUAGUGAAGAAUGGGAGCAAGCCUGUGUAAAAGCUGGGCAGAACAGUGGUGAUCUUGUGCAACCAAUGGUUUACUGUCCUGAACUGCACUUCAGUGAAUUUACUUCUGCAGUGGCAGAUAUGAAAAAUUUUGUGGCUGAUCGAGCCAAUGCUAUGAGUUCAUGUGCAGGCUUGUUUAUUGAAGCCCAUAUUGGUUUUGAUUGGCCAGGCAUCUGGUUGCAUAUUGACAUGGCAUCGCCAGUUCACACUGGAGCACGUGCUACAGGCUACGGGGUAGCUCUACUACUGGCAUUGUUUGGUCGUGCAACAGAUGAUGCAUUAUUGAACUUGAUUUCACCAGUUGGCGUUAAUUUUGCUACAGAAGAAAUUCACCAAGGCUCUUUAGCCAGCACCUUCCUAAUCAACACUGAUACCAUUUAAAAAGAAAAAGGCAGCAGAUACAUGGGAAAACUACUACAUUCAAGUUCCUCUCUAAAUCACUCACUAUGCAGACAUGGAGAUUUCUAUUUCUCCAGUAUCACUUGGUCAAAAUCCUGGAACUCAUCCCAAACAACAUUGUGGUCUACCUCCAGACUGCAGAGGUUCAAGAAGACAGCUCACCAGCACCUUCUCAAGGACAACUAGUAAUAGGCAACAAAUACUGGCCCUGCUACCGAUGGCCACAUCCGAUGAGUGGAUAAAAAAAAAGAAAAAAGUUCUAUUCAGUUCGACUUGUUCAUUGCCUGUUUCUUGCUCACACAAUCGUUUUUGAGAUCCCAAGGUCCCAAACUCAAAAUUCUCAUUCUUUAUGUUAAAAUUCCUCUGUGGCUAUGUUUGUCCCUAUCAUUGUAACUCCUGUCUAUCACCAUUACCUUCUCGAGUACCACAACUGCUCUUCCUUACAACGCCCUCACCUUUCCCAGCACCAAGUUCUUUAUUCUUUUUUCUUUCACCACUGCCUUGCUAUCACAUCUAAUGUCCACGUUAUUGGUUGCCUCAACACCACUUCCAUGAUUCUCCUUUUCACCAUCUGUCUCUUCUACGUUAAGAUCAUUCAUGAAACGUAUCACUUUGAACCAGUUACCACUACUAGUAUCUCUUUCUUUGGUUCCACAACCUUAUAUUUUAAUUGUGCUUCUUUGAAACCUCAUUUUUACAUCCAUAUAAAUGAAAGGUCUUGCUGUAGUAAAAAGUCCCUGUGUUCAUUAACUGUCUUAAGAAAUUUCAUGAUGCGCUUGUUAUGCAAUAAAGAAACAUCUUAAUGAAAUAUAAAUAAAGCUGAGCAGGACCCAGCAGCAUGGAGAGGAGAGAGAGAGAGCGAGCGGGACGUGGCAGCGUGGAGGGGAGAGACCUGGCAGCAUGGAGGCGAGAGAGCGGGACCUGGCAGGGAGGAGGGGAGAGAGCGGGACCUGGCAGGGAGGAGGGGAGAGAUAGGGACCCAGCAGCGAGGAGGGGAGAGCUCCGGACCCGGCAGCGAGGAGGGGAGAGCACGGGACCCGGCAGCGAUUUUUUUUCAUUUUUCUACUUAUUACCAAGGGUAAUGCUUUAUUUCUGACUUUGAUUGUCUGUUAUAACUUGUACCUCAGUUUUGUACCUAAUACGUGUAUACCUAAAAUGGCAUGGAGGAGAAAGUGAGUAAGCUAUUGAAGAUGGCAGCACCAACAUGAGUGGGAACAGUGGCAAUGGCAUUAUGGGAAGCAUGGCAUUGACCAUGGGUCCUGAGCUGUGUGGGCUGCAGAUCUGAUGCAUGGAAGUGGAUAUGGGCCUGAGCCUAAUGUGGUCACAGCAAGUCCGAAAUGUCAAUAAGUGAGUUCCCCUGGCCUUCUGCAGCGUUGAGAGAGAAGCCUGAAGUUUCCCAGACAGGGGCCCGAAGUGGAAGAGGUUGAGCCUUCGCAAGGAGCGCACUUAAAAAAGACUGUUGAGCUUUUAUAUUUAUUCCUUUAUUUUUCCACUUACAGUCAUAGAGUCACAGAGAAAUACAGCAUGGAAACAGCCUUUGGUCCAACUCAUCCUUGCCGACCAGAUAUCCUAUAUAAAUCUAGUCCCAUUUGCCAGUAUUUGGCCUCUAAAACCCUUCCUAUUCAUAUACUCAUCCAGAUUCCUUUCAAAUGUUGUUAAUCAUAUCAGCCUCCACCCCUUGCUCUGGCAGUUCAGCCCAUCUGCAUACCACCCACUGCAUGAAAAAGUUCUCUCUUAGGUCCCUUUUAUAUCUUUUCCAUCUCACCUUAAACCUAUGCCUUCUAGUUCUGGAGUCUUCCAUGCUAGGGAAAAGACCUUGGCUAUUUACCCUAUUCAUGCCCCUCCUGAUUUUAUAAAUCUCUGUAAGGUCAACCUCAGAUGCUCCAGGGAAAACAGGCCCUGUCUAUUCAGCCUCUUAAUAUAGUUCAAACCAUCCAAUUCUGCCAACAUCCUCGUAAAUUUUUUGUGAACCCUUUCUUUCUUUCCUGUAGGAGGGAGACUAGAAUUGCACACAAUACUGCAAAAGUGUCUGAACCAAUGUCCCGUAAAGUCACAACAUGACCUCCCAACUCCUACACUCAGUGCACUGACUAAUAAAAGCAAGCAUACCGAAUGCCUUCUUCAUUAUCUACCUGUGACUCUACUUUCAAGGAACAAUGAACCUGUACUCCAACGUCUCUGUUCAGCGACAAUCCUCAGGACAUUACCGUCAAAAGUAAAGUCCUACCCUGAUUUGCUUUUCAAAAAGGCACCUCUCAAUUAUCUAAAUUAAACUCUAUCUGUCACUCCUCGGCCCAUUGGCCCAUCUGAUCAAAACAUCUGUUGUAUUCUAGAACAUAGAACGUUACAGCGCAGUACAGGCCCUUCAGCCCUCGAUGUUGCACUGACCUGUGAAACCAAUCUAAAGCCCACCUAACCUACAUUAUUCCAUUAUCAUCCAUAUGUUUAUCCAAUGACCAUUUAAAUGCCCUUAAAGUUGUCGAAUCUACUACUGUUGCAGGCAGGGCAUUCCAUGCCCUAACUAGUCUCUGAGCAAAGAACCUACCUCUGACAUCUGUUCUAUAUCUAUCACCCCUCAAUUUAAAGCUAUGUCCCCUCAUGCUAGCCAUCAGCAUCUGAGGAAAAAGGAUUUCAUUGCCCACCCUAUCUAAUCCUCUGAUCAACUUGUAUGUCUCUACUAAGUCACCUCUUAACCUUCUUCUCUCUAACAAAAACAGCCUCAAAUCCCUCAGCCUUUCCUCUUAAGACCUUCCCUCCAUACCAGACAACGUCCUGGUAAAUCUCCUCUGCACCCUUUCCAAUGCUUUGACGUCCUUCCUAUAAUGUGGUGACCAGUACUGUACGCAAUACUCGAAGUGCAGCCGCACCAGAGUUUUGUACAGCUGCAACAUAACCUCAUGGCUCCAAAACUCAAUCCCUCUACCAGUAAAACCUAACACACCGUACGCCUUCUUAACCACCUGAGUGGCAACUUUCAGGGAUCUAUGCACAUGGACACUGAGAUCCCUCUGCUCGUCCACACUACCAAGAAUCUUACUGUUAGCCCAAUACUAUGUAUUCCUGUUACUCCUUCCAAAGUGAAUCUCAGUUAACCUUCUUCGCUGUUCACUACCACCUCCAAUUUUAGUGUCAUGUGCAAACUUACUGACCAUACCUCCUAUGUUCGUAUCCAAAUUAUGAAGUGAUGGACCCAACACCGAUCCUUAUGGCACACCAAUGGUCACAGGCUUCCAGUUUGAAAGGCAACCCUCCACCACCACCUACUGUCUUCUACCUUUGCAUUCCACGUGAACUAACCUUGCUAACCAGUCUACCUCAAAGAACCUUGUCAAAUGCCUUACUGAUGUCUAUCUAGAUCAUAUCCACUGCUUUGCCCUCAUCAUUCCUCUUUGCUGCUUCUUCAAAAAACUCAAUUAAGUUACCUGUAGCAUCAACAUUUAACUUUAUUUCUUUAUUUUUCUACUUAUGCCAAGAACAAUGGUUAUGCUUUCUUUAUAACUUUGUUUCUGUGUUAUUACUUGUAUCUAAGUUUUGUACCGAGAUACAUUUGUACCUAAGAUAGCACAAUAUGCGGUGAU